AUGCCAACGCCACUUCCCAACCAAGGCCGCUACUCCAACCUCGGACCCCCCAACCUCGACUGGAUCUAUCCCGACCCCGACUCUCCCCUCCCCAUCUCCCUCCUCGUCGUCCCACCUCCCCAACCCCGCCUAAUAACCACACCCGCCACAUCCUCAUUCCAUACUUCGAAAGACAACCACUGGGCGCUGUACUGGCCCGUUCACCCACCCACGGCUUGGUCCCAAAGCCGGCGCAUCAUUCGUCGUAUACACGUCCAGCACGACCCAGGACGAGAUCAUCUAACGUUCUGGGGCCCGUUGACGGUGAUCGAAGAGGAGAGCGCGGAGGAAGUGGAGCGGUCGACGAGGAUGAGGAGGUUUGAGAUGGGGGAGGUGGGGAAGAUGGAGAGGGUGCUGUUGGAGGAGAUCGCGAGGGAGGUGGAUGUGAUGGAGCCGGAUGGGGAGUGGAAUUGUCAGGAUUGGGUUAGGGAGGUGUUGAGGAGGGCGGUGGAGAAGGGGGUGCUUGAGGGGGUGGUUUGUGAGAGGGUGUUGAGGGAGGCGGAGGGGGUAAUGCCAGCGAAGGAGGGGGAUAAGGGUAUUGUGGAUCCGAGUUAUACGAGUGUGUUUUCGGUUGGGUGA